AUGGUAACCGCCAACCCGCUCCAACUCCCCCACUCCGCCCGCCAAUCCCUCCUCACCGGCCCCACCAUCACCCUCGCCCUCCCCCUGCCCUCCAUCAACACAACCUACACCAUCCCCUCGCUCCCCCGCCGCCUGCUCUUCGCCUUCUCCCACCUCGCCGCCACCCAGCUGACCGUCGCCGACGCCGCCCCCACCACGCCCUCCUCCCGCCUCCCCUCCCCUCCCCGCACAAUCACCCUCCCCCCCUCCUCCUGCACCCCCGCCGCCCUCGAACUCCUGAUCCAACACCUCAAACAAUGCUGCCGCCGCCACCACCACCACCCCGACACGUCUCCACCACCACCGCUGCCCCCCACAUCCACCUGGCGCCAAGCCAUCCACCUCUACGCCGCCGCCCGCGCCCUGCGCGUCAUCCCCGCCGUCGCGACCCCGCUGCGCCGCCGCAUCGAGGCCCGGCUGGACCCCGCCAACGCGACGACAACGUCGUCGCCGCCGCCGAGCGCGGCCGAGCUGGCCGACGCGGUCACCGCGUUAAUGGCUGGGCGUAGUAGUAGUAGCAUGACUGGCGACGAUUGUGACGACGGUAACGACAGCCACGACGACAGGCUCGUCAAGGAGAUCGUGAAGAAGACGGCGGCCUGGGCGCGGGCGACGCCCGGCGUGGGCGGGAUGGAGGUGGAGCGCGAGCGGAUGAAGGCGUGGCUGGCGGCGAGCGCGUGGCCGCGGCUGGUCGCGUGGUGGGAUGAGUGCGACGAGAGGGCCGUGGCGGGGAGGAGGCUGGAUGUCGGGUGGGUGCGGAGGGUGAAGAGUCUGUCGUCGUCGGUGUUGGGGACGGCGGUUGAGGGUGGGGAUGGGGGUGGGGAUGAGGUGGAGGGGAGGAAGAAGGAGGAGGAGGGGAGGAGGGAAGAGCUGCGGAGGAGGUUGGAUGGGUUGGGGCAGAGGUUGAGGGAGCAGCGGAGUGUGGUGGGGUUGAGGCGGUAG